AUGUCACCACAUAGUGGCAUAGAAGAUUUAAGGCAAUUUGCUGAAUGGAUCCUUCAAGUGGGUAAUGGAAUAUCUGAAGGGACAUCUAAUGGUACCAAUUUGAUUCAAAUACCCUUUGAAUUCCUUAUCACUGAUUAUAAUGAUCUGAUUCAAGCAAUUGUUAAAGCAAGCUAUUCAUAUUAUAUUGCUAACCUGGCUAAUGAAUACCACUUGAAGGGUCGAGCUAUUUUAGCUCCUACAAUUAAUGCAAUAGAUAAAGUGAAUGACUACAUGACGACAAUGAACAACAAUGAAUGCAAGACUUAUGUAAGCUCCAAUAAAUGUUUGCCUAACAAAGGUAGCAAUGAAAUUAAAGGAAUACACACAUCAGGGUUCUUAGUUACAAUCAAAUACUCUGGGGUGCCAAAUCAUGAAUUGAAACUAAAAGUUGGGUGCCCUGUUAUGCUCAUUAGAAAUAUUGAUCACUCAUCAGGUAUUUUCAAUGGUACCAGAUUGAUAAUGACAAGACUUAGAGAUAAAGUUAUAAAAGCAAAACUGUUAAAUUCAAACAAGUACUUCGAUAAAAUUUUUAUUCCUAGAAUGACACUCAUCUUCUGA